CGCGGCACCACUCGCAUGCAUGGCAGGAACUUCACUACCCAGAAUCCUCCACCGACGCAUGCGCUCUACGCACUACGGCCCAAAGGCGUUGGUGGUCGGUGUCCGUCCGAAGAUGCGUUCCUCUCCGGCAGCAUCAGUACCAUCUCCGCCGUGCUCUUAAAGCAAACAUCGGAGGACGGAGCAGAACUACCGGUGGUGUUUGAGGCUCGAGCGGCGCCGGGGCGCGUUGGAGGCAGGAUGGGAGACCAGAAGGAAUCUCUGCGUAAAAUCACCCACACGCUGGCCAUGAAGAACGAGGAGAUCUCCAACUUCAUCUGCACGCUAAAACAGAACCUGGACAACUUGGAGGUGAACUCCAACCGUGUGCAGGAGGACCUGGAGUCCGAGUUCACCGCCCUGCACUCGGCCCUGGACGAGAUGAAGGAAACCAUGGUGACGCGCAUCAAACAGGAGCGAGCCAGCCGCACGUAUGAGCUGCAGAGUCAGCUGAGCGCUUGUUCCAAAGCCCUGGAGAGCUCCGAGGAGCUGCUGGAACUGGCCAACCAGACGCUCUGCUCCUCCGAGACGGACGGUUUCAAUCAGGCGGCCAAAGACAUUAAGGAUAGCGUGACAAUGGCCCCAGCCUUUCGCCUCUCCCUGAAGGCUAAAGCCAGCGACAACAUGAGUCACCUGAUGGUGGAUUUCAGCCAGGAGAGGGAGAUGCUGCAAGGCCUCAAGUUCCUCCCAGUUCCUGCCACUCCAGAGAUCCAGGUGUCCGAGUGUCAAGUGUGCGACAACACGGUGACUGUUGUUUGGACCUUGCCGGAGCCGGACAGCAAGAUAGACCACUACAUACUGGAACAUCGACGCACAAACCACGAGGGUCCGCCGCGCAUCAGGGAGGACUAUCCCUGGAUGGUGGUGGAGGGCAUACGAGAGAUGGAGUACACGAUCACAGGUUUACGUUUCGACACCCGGUACAUGACAUUCAGAGUGAGAGCGUGCAACAAGGCUGUGGCUGGAGAGUUCUCCGAGCCGGUGACGCUAGAAACCCACGCCUUUAACUUCAAGCUGGACUCGGCCUCAGCCCACCAGAACCUGAAGGUGGAGGACUUGAGUGUGGAGUGGGACAGCAGCGGAGGAAAGAUCCAGGACAUCCGCAAGGAGAAGAACCGUACCAACUCCCCGAUGCACUCCCCUGCUAGGGCGGCCCUGAUGUCUCCUAAGAGAGCACCUACAGCCCGGCCCGGCAGAGACAGGUUUACAGCCGAGUCCUACACAGUGCUGGCCGACACAAUGAUAGACGCUGGCCAGCAGUACUGGGAAGUGCGGUUCGACAAGGAGAGCAAGGCCUUCGCCGUGGGCGUCGCGCUGCGGAGCCUCGGACGAUUCGACCAGCUGGGGAAAAGCGGCGCUUCAUGGUGCAUCCACCUGAACAACUGGCUGCAGCAGAGCCUCACAGCCAAGCACAACAACAAGGCCAGAACGCUCGACUGCCCCAUCCCAAACAGCAUAGGAGUCUACGUCAACUACGAGGAAGGUGUACUGUCUUUUUACAACGCUAAAACCAAGCAGCUGAUGCACACCUUUAAAACAAAGUUCCAGCAGCCAGUUAUCCCAGCCUUCAUGGUGUGGAACGGAACUUUCUCGGUGGUGACGGGCCUGCAGGUUCCCAGCAUGGUGCAGAGUGGCCAGAGGAAGAACAGCGGCACCAGCAGCUCCAACGCCAGCCUCACUUAGACACAUCCACCCACCCAGCCAGGCGGACAGCUGCGCACGGCGCUCGGUCACCGUAGCAGAUCACCUCCUCUGGCCGGACCGCGGCCGAAGCCAUAUCAUCGAAGAGUUACAUCGCCGGAGUGUCAUGGUUUCGCCUGUUAAAAACAUGCAGUGUCUGUGUUGCAUGACAGCAAAUGUGGUUUUGGGAACAGAAAGCCGCUUCCUCUCGGUCACAGACUUCCUCAUGUACGACUGUGGCUGUUGUGGCUGCUUGGGCCACACUAGGUGUAGUCUAACUAGUUUUCCUCUCGCCGCACAUUCAUUACUGUCCCACUGCUGCUAGAGCAAUGAUUUAGCGCUGGCCGCUGCCCUUACUUCCUCUCCAUCAGCAUCAGCUGUCACGCAGCCGGCUGCAGGUUUCAGAGUCACACUCGGCCCUGUCCGCUCUCUCCCUGUGCCUUCCUCCUCAUCUCCAAACUGACAGGCCAAAAAAUUGUUGACAACACACACGUAUUCACUGCAAGACACGCUCUUCCUUUUUACGUUUAUAACUGUGUCAGUAUAACUUUACUGUAACGUGGCUUUGGUGGCCGUCACCUGCUGAGUUUACCCGUGCGCAUCAACGACAUACAAAAACCAAUCAGACAGCUGCUCGUAGACAGUGCUACUGAAUAGAGUCUAGUUCAUCACAGAAUCAGGACUUCUUUAACGCCACUUAGCCAGUAAAGGAUCAUUAGAAAUGAACAGCACAUACUAACUUAAUUUGUUGCCAAGGCAUGCAGACGAAACUGUUUACUGCAUUUAACCGUAUUGUAGUCGAGACCCAAAGGUUCCAGGCAAGGAGCCGGGUCUUUUAGCUCCCUGCUGAGGUUUUUAGUUUUAAAUUAGAUCCAGUGUUGACUGUGUGUGUGAGUGGGGGGGGGUGGGACAUGACAAACUCUACGCAGAAACUUAGAGGGCGUUGACCCUUAUUUAAACUCCUUAAGUUAUCGUGUGCUCAGAUACAGCUUCAGGAAUUUGGAAACGCUUGUACUGUAUACUCCGUUCACCUGACUGCACCCUAAUGCUUGUUUGUGUCUAUAUCUAAACACACCUUUCCAUUUGCUUCAGAGAGACCCCCUGUUACAUCUAGUGGACUGUCUGUGGUCCAAACAUAACAGUUAGUUAUAGCCUGUAGCUCCAGCUAAACUGUAUUAUGAGAGUCAACCAGGCUCGGGGGUCUUCCUAUAUGAGAAACAAAACCAAUGGAACUCUGGAGACUUAUAUCAUAGUGUCCUUACACGUGCACCGCCUGACCUCUGAGUUGCGUCCAUGUCUUGUGUCACACAUGGUGAGCUUUCCUGCGUUGCCGUGUUUCUCCGUCCGUAUGCCUCUCUCGAAUAACCGUAGCCUGCAAUGCUUUAAAGAAGCGUCCAGCUGAGAAUUGCGUUCACUUUAUUUGCUGACGAAACGUCACAGUUUAUUGUAAAUAGUUUCAUUUUUUCCACUAUAAUGUAUCAGUAAGGUAAUAAAGGAGCGAGCGCA